AGAACAUUGCAGGGAAGAAGUCCGCAGCAAAUAAGCUUAAGCUUCUUUUAGCCGCACCAUAGUAUUUUGGUCAAAGAUUUAUGGACAUUUGCAAGAAAAGUUUGUGCUACUUUUUAAGUGUGGUCGUGGACACCUCCAAGUAAUUGUUGUAUCCUAGCAGGGGCAACAGGCAUAAGUAGACUUCGCAAGAGCCUCGAGGUUGGAGACUUUAGCAAUGCAAUUGAAUACUGAAUUUUAACCAGUUGUUGAUUGUUCUAAAACUUUACAUUUAAUCCAAAUCUAUAGAGUUGAACAGAACACCCAAUAAUCUGCGUCCACAGCUGUCUGAGUUACGGAACUUCAUUGACUCGAGUUGGCUCAUUCCUAUCCUGUCUUUGUGAAAGAUGAUCACUGGCCACAUCUCCAAUACAACCUUGAUACAGACUAAUGGGAGUCUGGUGGCACCGAGCAUACUACCAGAAACGUCAAUACCACACAAUCGUGAGAUGGCAUUUUUUAUUAUCCGAUGUGUAAUCCCUUCCUUGUACUUGGUCAUCAUUAUGGUGGGACUUCUGGGCAACAUAACUCUUGUGAAGAUCUUCAUUACCAAUAGUGCGAUGAGAAGCGUCCCUAAUAUUUUCAUUUCAAGUUUGGCCGCUGGGGACCUGUUGCUGCUGGUGACUUGUGUGCCAGUAGACGCUUUCCGAUUCUUCUUUGAGGAGUGGAUGCUCGGGGAAGUGUGCUGCAAACUUAUCCCGUCAAUUCAGCUGACCUCAGUUGGGGUAUCUGUGUUCACACUCACCGCUCUCAGUGCUGAUAGAUAUAAAGCUAUUGUAAAUCCAAUGGACAUCCAAACAUCAAGUGCUGUUCUGUGGACCUGUAUAAAAGCUACAGCCAUCUGGAUCAUUUCAAUGCUUUUGGCAGUUCCUGAAGCUGUGUUUUCAGAAGUGGCACACAUCAACGGAUCAGACAAUGUCAGCUUCACAGCUUGUAUCCCAUAUCCGCAAAAUGAUGAAAUGCAUCCAAAGAUCCACUCUGUGCUUAUUUUCUUGGUUUACUAUCUUGUACCACUCACUAUUAUCAGUGUUUACUACUAUCAUAUUGCAAGAACUUUAAUAAAGAGUGCUCACAACAUUCCUGGAGAAUACAGUGAGCAUUCAAAACGACAGAUGGAGACCCGAAAACGUCUUGCAAAAAUUGUCCUUGUGUUUGUUGGCUGCUUUGCACUCUGCUGGUUUCCAAACCAUGUGUUAUAUAUGUACCGUUCCUUUAACUACAAUGAAAUUGAUCCUUCUUUAGGACAUAUGAUUAUCACCUUAGUAGCCCGUGUCUUGAGUUUUUCUAACUCAUGUGUAAACCCUUUUGCACUUUAUUUGCUUAGUGAGAGUUUUAGAAGACACUUUAACAGCCAGCUUUUCUGUCGAAGAAAGAAGCGUCAUGAGCGGUCUACCAGUUACUUACUUAAUUCAUCUGCAAUUCGAAUGACUUCUCUGAAGAGCAAUGUUAAAAAUACUGUGACCAGCACUUCACUCCUCAAUGGUCAAAGUCGCCAAGAAGUAUCAUUAUGAUCUUUCUAUAAUAAUGAUAAUGAGAAGCCUGGAUAUUAUAAAGAUUAACCUGACAAUAAUAAAAUAUUAUUGCAAAGUAACGAGAUACAUUACUGUAUAAUGUUUAUGUAAAAUGAACGUUUGUCCAAAAAUAAGGAUUUUGU